AUCAUCACGUAUUCGACGUGAAUGACGAGUGUUUACAUUACGGAAAAAAGAAAUAGUGCCACAGAUAUGAUUGUAAAAGAUGUGCUUGUACAACUUCACCGAGGUUGUAUGAAAAGUCGUGUUUUUAGCCAAUAGGUUUUUCGCUUUUGGUAAGCUCUGUCUAUUCCUCUGCACUGGCAAUAAUGUAGCCUACCUACUGUAGUUCAUAUUUUAUUGGUUAACGUUAGCCACCGAUAGCAAGGCAGCAAAGGUUUAACGUUGCAUCUAGCAAGACUUUCUCUUCAGAUAAACGGCAUACGAGUUUGAGGUGUUCUGUGGAUUUGCGAUGAGAGAUAACAUACCCGCCGUGUGUGUGCAUCUGUGGUCGCUGGUUCAGACCCUGCUGGCAAUUAUUUGAUGAAGGAAGUGUCAACAGUUCUGGGACCAGUGGUGAGCUUUUUCCUCGUUUGAUCAAGGCGUGAAAAGGUGAUCAUCUUUGAAAUCGGUGAUCAUGGGCCGACUAGAUGAAGCUGCCAAACGUAAAGUAGUGGAGCUACGAGAGGCUGGCUUGAGCUUCCGAAAAAUAAAGGCAGUUCUGGAGCUGGAGAAUAUCAAGGUGUCUGCUCAAGCCAUCUACUUGUUCCUCAAAGAAUUCAAUGUCAGGAACGGGACAAAUCAGAAGGUUGGGGGUAACCUGACAGGUGUUCAAGCCAGUGUCCAGGGCAUGGCAGCCAGCAGCCUGGGCAACCUGAGCAGGACCAACAGCUGGAGAGACCGACAGCUGGGGAACUUGAUGCGGGAGGCGUCCCGUGUCGCUGGGUACUCCACGUCCCCAGACCCUCCCCAGCAAGGUGGACCAUCCUCCGAUGACAGGCGGACCUUGCCCAGCGCGACAGCAGCUUCCUCCGAUGGAGGUAGCAGAGAGGAGCAAAAGGAUGCUGGACAUGACAACGACGAGGAGGACAUUCGCAUCGUCAGCGUCACUUCACUGGCUCAGAGGGCGGGAGUCCAGAACCAGCGGGCAAACCCGAACACGGGUGUUGGAGCCAUGGCGGGCAUCUUCGCUCGCAGACGCCUGACGUUCUCCCCAGCCACCACCAACCCGGUUCUCCAAGCCCGCAAGAGGCUACUGGACAAAGCUCUGCUUCACAGAGCACGCAUCAGAGAAGGCGCACCCACACCUGGCCAGCAGAUGGCGCCAGCUCCGAGGAGGGAUCAGGCAUGGCGCAGCAUGGUGUUGCCCCAGACAUCCUCCUCCAUCGACCUCACUACAACCAGACCACAGCAAGUGAGGAGAGCUGUGGACGGCCUUCCAGACGCCAGCCUGGCCAGACGAGGCUUACAGCCACGCAUGGGUGCCCCGCCUCCUCCCCGUGUGGGCGUCCGUCUCCCCAGCCCCUCGGCUCAACUGCCCCCGAGCCCCACGGCCCAACAGGCCCCCGCCGUCACCACCAACCCCACCAUCCGCAUCCAGCACCCAGCCGCAGCCAACCAGCAGCAGCAGCAGCCCCAGAGGAGGGAGCCGUCGCCCAGCUUCCACCUGGGAGGAGCGCUGGAGGCCCUGCGGCAGGGCCUGGGCGACCAGAUGCAGUCCCUGGGUUCAGAGGUGCGUAGCCUGGGCCUGGCCGUGAGGAUGCUGGCCGAGCAGCAAGGCAGGCUGGAGAGGGAGCAGGCGCAGCAGACCCAGGUGCAGAAGCAGAUCCUCAGCACGUUGCAGCUGCUGGCCACCAGACUGGGCCCCUGCGUUAACACCAACGCCCACGCACACGCACACGCCCACACACACGCCCCAACACUCAGCUCAGCUCAGCCAACCCUGCCAGCCGUGUCCACGUUCAGCCAGAGUAACUUUGGCAUCUCCACGCAGAGCACUUUCUCCCAGGGCGGCACGCUGCCUCUGGCGGACAACUCCGUCGGGCUGGAGAGCGCAGACGGUUUCUCCAUGCCCCCCGGGAUGUGCUCUGCGGGCAUGAAUGGCUUUGGCAGCCCAGAAGGUCUCCAAGGCCACCAGGCAGCUGUGGCGCAUAAUACACACCUGUCGCCGCCGUACUCCUCGCAGGCCUUCACGUCUCACACACCUACGGAAUACACUUCGAGCCUCGUGCAGUCGCACGCACACAUGCAGAGUCCUAUCCUGGGGCAGGGACACGCACAUGCAGACGCGUUUGCUGAAGGGAAGAACACGGACUUCUCCACCGGCCAAGUGGAUGGAAACCUUCAGAACUGUAGCACAUCCAUGUCCCCGCUCGGUCUGUCGUCACAGGAUGGGCAUCUUAAUAUCAUCAAAGUGGAGAAUGUCUGAAGCCUUCGGUGGAAAGACAAUAUAGGAAAGAGACUGCAUAGAAGGGUUUCUACGAUAAGAGCUACUCCAGGGACAUACAUAGGACAACGAUUUCUGUGAUGUGAAUGACACUUUUGUGGUUUUAUUAUCACAUUUUAAUAAUUAUUAUAUUAUCAGCAUUAUUAUUAUUAUUAUUAUUUCUUAUUUUUUACUGUCUGUAUUGACUUAUACUGUUCCCAUCAUUGUGGAUGUGUCUUAUCAAAGUGUUUAAACCCUAUGAGACAUCGCCAUACUCUCGAUCAGAAAAACGUCAUUGUUGUCAUUUUACACUUGCUGUCAUAGAGUUAGUGUGGUCGAAUGGUUAGGGAGUUAUUCUUGGGAUCCUGGGGCUGCAGGUUUGAAUGUCAUAGCAAUAUUGAAAGGAACAAAAUGAGUGGCUCUCAGUCUGAGCCCUCAGUCAGAGUUGAAGGGACUUGAGUAAGACAUCUGACUAGCUCCAUAGGGCUCUAGGGACUGAGACCGAUACACUGCACCUAACUAAUUAUCAAUUACUGAGGAUGAAAUUGUGAUAUAAUGUAAUUUAAUAUUUCAUAUUCUGAAUAUGAAAGUGAAGUGGGAAAUAGGGUGAUGGCAAAGGUGCAGAUUUUGUGAAUGAGCAACACACAUUUUAAUCAUGAAUGACUCGUUAUAAACUGGACCUUAAAAACCCAAAACUCAGAAGGUUUUCCUUUCCACUGUCCUGUUCAAUAAUAAGAAUUAGUGUUAUUUUUGUUGUUGUUGUUGUUUUACUGCCGAACUCCAUAUUAUAAUGAGUAGAUGCCGUGUAAUCAGAUAAGGAACUCCAUACAGUUUUAUUUUGAUAUUUAAACAUGAGGUUUGAAGCAGUUUCCCUUUUUUCUUCUUCUUUUUUAGAAAAAAAGCUUUCAGGAGGUUAAAUGCUUAUCUGAAAAUUUUAAGUUAUGAGAAUUAUAUUACUGGAUUUGGUAUCAAAGGAAAUUCAUAGAGGAGGGAGGUAUGUUGAUUAAAAAAAAAAAGAUGUGUAUGCAAAGAACGUGGAUCUAACAAGUAGCGAAGGCCAAUACAAGGUUCCAUAGCAACAGUUCGCCCCAUGAUUUCCUGGCGUGGCCACCAUUCUGGAAUGAACAUCGGCCAAAUUACAUUGGAAUGCAUUGGAAAUGUAUAAACGAUUUCUACAUAAUAGGGUAAAAAUAUGUUUUGUAGCUAUGGGAAAUUAUUAAUUUACCAAUGCACAUACCAUCUCAUGUGUUUUUUUUCCUGCACUAUCGGUGCAGAAUUUAGUUAUCUCUAUAAGGCUGAAGUUGCCAAAGUAGCAAGCCAUAUUAGGCCUAGCCUUACGUGACUGCCUGUUCAUUUCAGAAUGGCGGAUUUGACCCACAACGCCCCCUAUUGACUGUUUCCCAUAAAGUACCUGUCCUUCGCUACUUGUUAGCUCCACAUUCUUUGGUGUAGGCCUACAUGUGUAUAUGCAUGACCUCAUAUGCUGUACUUACACAGUCUGGAAUUCUGCCUGAACAUACAACUUGCCAUCUCCAGUCAACCCUGUGAUAGAUCUGUAUGUGAUGUGCGUAUGUGUGCCACUGUUUUAGAAUGGCUCGACUGUUAUCAACCAAAGCCUUUGUUUUAUUUGGGGGCCUUUUUCACAUUGCCGGACACUGUGCUUUGAAAUAUUCACUUUCAAGUUUUCACUGCAAGUGGUGCCUAGCAGAGAAAAACAAUGCACAUUCUUACCUUAGAAGUUUGAAAUGGGAACUUUGGUUUACUGUUGUCUUGAAUUGAAUAUUAUUAGAUCAGAGUUUAAGUGUCAUGCACGCAAUUGAUGUGAGGAAACUGUGUAUUUAUGUAACUUGUGAGAAAAGUUGUUGUACAAUUAGGUUGUAUUACAAAUCAGAAGUGAACCCUUGUUGAAAGACUAAAGUGCUGGUUACGCGUAUGCUGAUAUUUCAAAGGCAGAUAUUUUUUUAGCCGUUUACAUAUAACCACAACAUAUGGAUAAAAGUGAAACCUCCAUUGUGACAGUAGCGUUUUACCCUUCUAAACGAGAUAUUUUGAAAUGUGUUCCCUAAAACUCUGUUUACAUGUAAACGAGAGGCCAAAACCCU